CUUGCUUGCUUUGCAACAGCUGAAGACACUGAAAACAGGAGAGCAGUGACGGAGCACCAGUUCAUGCACGAUAAAGGAAGAGCACUUCAAGGCCUGAAGAGGCUGAUGUGGCUUCACAACGCCAUAGGUGGUGUGCACACUGCCAGUGCCAGAGACAUCUCGCCAACCGAUUCCGUGUGGGACACGCAGAAGAGCCAAGACCUCCCUGACUUCUAUGACAGUAUCAGCAGGGACGAGAUGCGGAGGCUGGUGAAGCAGCUGCUGCUGGGACUGGCAGAAAAGGAGCAAGCUUUCCCUGUGCUAAAGAAAAUGGAUUUGAGGCAAUAUCUACAAAAUCCAAAGGGUGGCUGGAGCCUGCAAGACCUUUCUGAGCUAUUUCAAGUCAAAGACCAUGGUCUGCACCGCGCAGACAAAGAGCUCUUCCCUCUAGACUGACCCCAGCUCAGUCUGACCAUCGCUUGAAACGUGAGACCUCGUCUUGAGGAUAAGCCCUAAAGUAAAGGUGAACUGCAAGGCUACGUCUACACUGGCAUGAUUUUCCGGAAAUGCUUUUAACGGAAA